UUCACGUUAGUUGGCCACACGUUGAAAUUUAGAUAGAUAAACAUCGCUCGUUCUUUACAACUGUUCUUCAGUAUAAACUUUUAAAAGCAGCUAAUUUGGAUUUUAGAUUUACUCUAUUACGUGGUUAGUGACACAGAGAUACCAACUGACAGGGAAUCGACAAGGAGGAGUUUUAUGAAGUUGACACUCGGGAAGUGGGCGGAUCUCGUUGGUAGUUUUUAUUAACAGUUGUUGUUGUUAACACGGGACUGCGGAAUUCGAACCGGACACUUCCACGGAAAGACACGAACAUGAUCCGUCACUGUUGAGGUAUCCGUGAGUCUGAACGAUGCAAUGAGCGGUCGACAGCAGAACAGCGUUCCAAGAACACCGCAGCCGCCAGGAGGCGGCAAAAACCAACAUGUUAAAUUAGUGUUGCUAGGCGACCAGGGUGUGGGCAAAUCCAGCAUUGCGUUACGCUUUGUUAGGGGAGAGUUCCACGAAAACAACGAGGCAACCAUUGGAGCGGCGUUUUUGACACAGACGACGCAGGUGAAGAAUCACUCCAUCAAGUUCGACAUCUGGGACACGGCGGGCCAGGAGCGGUACCACAGCCUCGCCCCCAUGUAUUACAGAGGGGCGCAGGCCGCCGUUAUCGUGUAUGACGUCAACGGCGCUAGCACGUUUAACCGAGCCCUAUCAUGGGUGCGGGAGUUACGACAACAGGCCAACUCCCAAAUAGUGAUGGUUUGGUCGGGAAACAAGGCAGACAUCGCGGGAGCAAGCAGAGCCGUCUUAACGGAGGACGCACGUGCAUUUGCUGACGAAAAUGACUUAAUGUUUUUUGAAACCAGCGCCAAAACUGGCAUGGCUGUUCAAGAUGUAUUCCUCAACAUAGCUCAAAAACUUGCCGAUCGGUUAGACCAAGGUGUCUCGAUUGACGGUGAAAGACGGGACCGUGUCAGACUUCAGAGAAACGGGCAAGAGAAGGGGAAGAAAUCCGGAUGUUGUUGACAUAUGUAUAUUUAACCCUUGUGGAAAUCCAGAUUCUAAGAGACUAUUGAAUCUUAAUGUAACAGAUCCUAGUUUUUAAAAACUACAGCGUAUUUUUCACUGUUUAGAGACGUUUUUGUUAAAUUGAAAGUUCUAGUUUUUAAACAUUAUGUACAGCGUAUUUUUCACUGUUAGAGACGUUGUUUUUUUUUAAAUUGAAAGACCCCAGGUUUUAAACACUACCAGUGUAUUUCUCACUGUUAGAGACGUUUUUGUUAAUGCGACAAACCCUAGUUUUUAAACACUACAGUGUGUUUUUAUUGUUAAAGCCAUUUUUGAUAAUUACUUAGAUUUUAUUGUUUAGAAUAGCCAUUUCCGUAUAUCUGAAGUGUUUCUGGUCAUCCUGGUGUUUCUAAUGCCAAGAAAUGCAUUUUUCAUUAUUAAAAAAAACUCCGCACAUAUCUGCGAGAAGUAACGGUGUUGGAGACGGGCUGUAGUAUAUUUUACAGAGGGUAUUUCCCACUUUCUACGUCACAGACUCUUUUUUUGGCUCUACUUUAACUUUAUUCAAAUGUUACAGGAUUGUAGAUUGACCAAACUUGAUGUCCAUUUUCACACGUUGAAACUAGGAUCUGUGACUUUAAAGUUCACUCAAUUGAAUUCUGUUAUCGUAAGCUUUACAGCCUAUAGAUAUUAUAGAAUAGUAUAUACAUGUACAUAUAAACAUAAUAUUGGCUAUGUUGUGAAGGAACGUUGGAGAAUACAAAAUUAUACAGUUUAUGUUUAACCGAUUAUCAAUUUUCUACAUUCAAAUGUUUUAAGCAAGUAUAUGUUUACAAGUUACGUAUAGUGCUCUCCAUAGGCAUACAGGCUCCCAUAUUUGUAGGGAGCAGACUGGAGUUUGCCCGAAUUAAACGAACAUGCCCGAAUCUGGAUAACAACAUUUAUUCAUAUUAGCAUUACUACCAAAUAGCUGUAUAGGGUUGCAAACAAAUGACUACGAAUUUUUAAAUGGUUUACAAUUACUUGAGGGUAGAAAGAUAGAAAUACAUGGUAAAAAGGUAUCAGGUUAGCACAUUUAACCCGAAUAUCUGUAUAAUUUUUGCACGAAUUUGAGGUUUUGCUCCAGCACUAGGGGGUGAAGGUUCCCCCUUCCCCCUGUCUUGUACGCGUAUGUCCAAUCUAAUUAAAAUUAGCUCCACUAUUACAUGUGGAUCUAACACCAGCCAAUUGUAGCUCAUGUCCA